AUGGCGCCAUCUGCCAAACGCAGGAAAAAUCUCGACCCUUUGGCCCAAGCUAUAGCCAAUUUCGCAAAUGCGCCAGUCGUAAAGCGUGCGCCGCCAACAGUGGCCCCAGAGGCUACUGCGCCUGCGCCUCCAGAUGUAGCAGCGGUGCCUUCACCGAGACAGGCCUCAGCGACAGUGUCCAACCCAGGCAAAGCACACGCGCACAACCCUAGGCGAGACCGCAAAGCCAAUUCCGCAGCAGCACCAUCAAAACCGCAGGCUGACAUCCGUAAAGCCCAAGAUGAGCUCCCCAUCGCACAGUACCGUGGUGAGAUACAGCGGGCGGUGCGCAAUUCCGAGGUUCUUGUCCUGAUUGGUGAAACGGGUUCAGGAAAAAGUACCCAAGUGCCACAGUAUCUACACCGUCAAUCAUGGUGUAAGCGCCGGAAAGUCAAGAUUGGGACUGAGGAAGUCAACGUGGGCGGUAUGAUUGCAAUCACCCAGCCACGAAGAGUCGCGGCCACAACGCUGGCGCACCGCGUCGCUCGCGAAGAGGGUACACCGCUGAAGCCUGGAGAGCGGGACGGGACGGUUGGUUACUCGGUGCGGUUCGACCACAAGGUUCCGCGUGGCACGCGGAUCAAGUUUCUCACCGAAGGCAUGAUCUUGCAGGAGUUGCUGCGAGAUCCCAACCUGAGAGACUACAGCGCUAUCAUUGUCGACGAGAUCCACGAGCGCAGUCUGGACGUUGAUCUACUCGUGGGGUUUCUGAAGCAGAUGCUUGCUGGGGACAACGCGGGUCGUGGGGGUAUCCCCCUGAAGGUCAUCAUCAUGAGUGCUACGGCCGAUGUGGAGGUCAUCCAGUCAUUCUUCCGGGACAUAUACCCUGAAGAAAAGCAGUCGGAGGCUAUCCAGGUCCUGAGGAUCGAGGGGCGGCAGUAUCCCGUACAAACUUUAUACGAACCCGAGCCUGUAACCAAUAUCAACGACGCACUGGUCGACAUGGCGCUCAAGGUUCACACUCAGGAACCAUUUCCAGGAGAUAUACUAGCUUUCUUCAUUGGACAAGAAGAGAUCGAAUCGGCACAGAAGCUCAUCGAGCAGCGCGCGGCUGAGCUCGCGUCGAAUGUACCGAAAAUCAAGGCUGUUCCCUUGUACGGGCAGUUGUCCAUGGAAGCCCAAAAGGAUGCCUUCAUGCCGGUCAAGGCCCCCUUCACCCGCAAGAUUGUGCUGGCAACCAACAUUGCCGAGACGUCAGUGACAGUACCCGGUGUCAGAUACGUGAUUGACUGCGGCAAAGCCAAGGUCAAGCAAUUCCGAACGCGCUUGGGUAUGGAAUCACUUCUCGUGAAACCAAUUUCGAAAUCGUCAGCGAUUCAACGAAAAGGCCGUGCUGGCCGUGAGGGACCGGGCAAGUGCUUCAGGCUCUACACGGAGGAAGGUUAUGAGGGUCUGCGCGAGGCUGAUCUACCUGAAAUCUUGCGAAACGACGUGCUCGGCGCUGUCUUGACGAUGAAAGCCAGGGGUAUCCAAGAUGUGAUCAACUUUCCCUUGAUCGACCCUCCGGACAUUGAAGCUAUCAAGAGGGCCAUGUUUCAUCUCUACUUCCUCGGUGCUCUGGAUCAGAAUGGCCAGCUCACAUCUGAAGGCUCUCAUAUGGCGAGAUUGCCAUUGCCAGCGCCGCUCGCCACUGUUCUCCUGGCCGCGCCUUUGCCCGAGUACGACUGUCUUCUUGAAGCCAUUGACGUGGUGUCUCUCAUCACGGCCGGCGGCGAUAUCUUCUUGCAGCUGCAAUCAGAAGAGGAGCAAGAAGAAAUUGGCGAGGUGCGCAGUGAGCUUCACCGCCGUGAAGGCGAUAUCAUUACGCUUCUGACGACCAUGCAACGCUACACGUCAGAGAACACCGACAGGAACGCUUGGUGUCAGGCCCGCGGGAUCAACGGACGCAACAUGCGGCAAGCCCUGAACAUCCGACGACAGCUGCGCGAUCUCUGCGUUAAACAGAAGCUCCUGGCUGAUAAGCCACCUGCCGAUCCCCAGCCAUUCGUACCUGUAUCGCCUGACCGAGCCGAGAACAUAAUCAAAUGCUUCCUCAAGGGCUUCGCCCACAAAGUGGCUACAUUGCAGCCAGACGGUACCUACGCUACAGCCGAGGGGAAGCACACCGUAGCUAUACAUCCGUCGAGUGUGCUCUAUGGCAAGAAGAAGGAAGCCAUCAUGUUUCUUGAGCACAUCUACACCACCAAGAAUUUUGCUAAAAAGGUCAGCGCUAUUCAAGGCGCGUGGAUACUGGAGGCAAUGGAGUCUAGAUAUUUGUGA